GAUGGUGAAGAUGAGAAAACAAGAAAUUAAAUAACAAUGGCGGUAAAGCUUCAAUCUUCAACUUCAAAUAGCACAAAUCCCUAUUUUACCCGUUAAAUUUAGAUCAAAUGCCAAAAAUUCAUAUUAUCAAUGAACUCCAAGUAGCUAAAUUAUCGAAAGCUUUAGAACGGAUAAAAAAUUCAAGCAGUUACAGAAUCAUCAAUGAAAUACAUGCCCAUUCCGUCACUCUCGGCGUGUUCAAUACCCACCAGAACUUAGCCUGCCGACUACUCAACACAUAUGCACUAUUGAAGAAACCGAAAGAUGCCCAGAAAAUUUUCGAUCAAAUUCCGAAUCCAGACAUAGUAUCAUGGACCUCUCUUCAGAAUCUUUACCUCAAUAUCCGUCAGCCCAUGAAAGCAUUGUUGCUGUUUUCGAAGUUAACUGCGUCGGAUUUUGUAAAACCAGAUUCUCAUUCCAUCGUUGCUGCUCUUUCUGCUUGUGCGCGUUGUAAAGACCUUGUAAAUGGGAAGUCAAUUCAUGGAAUGGUUCAUAAAUAUCUUGAGAGACCUAGGCCCGUUGUGCAUAAUGCUCUGAUUGAUAUGUAUUGUAAAAAUAGAAGGAUUCGCUUGGCUCAAAGUGUAUUUGAUAGAGUGCAUUUUAAGGAUGUUGCUAUUUGGACUAGCUUGAUAAAUGGGCAUAUUUUGGAUGGUGAUAUAUAUUCUGCUAGGAAAUUGUUUGAUGAAAUGCCGCAGAGAAAUGUGGUUACUUGGACAGCAAUGAUUGUGGGGUACGUGCGGAUGAAGAGUCCAAUUAAGGCAAUGCAGUUAUUCCAGAGGAUGAGAAUGGAAGAUAUUGGACAAGAUUGUUCUCCUACUACAGUCACUGUAGUUGCCUUGCUCUCGGGUUGUGCUGAUAUCGGGGCACUUGAUUUUGGAAGUUUAGUUCAUGGUUAUGUUCAUAAAAGAGUUGGAUUUGUUGUGGAUGUUGCCGUGAAUAAUGGGUUAAUUGAUAUGUACGCAAAGAGUGGAUAUCUUAAUUCAGCUUUGAAGAUAUUUGACGGCAUGAAGAACAGGGAUUUAUUUUCAUGGACUAGUAUGAUUUCUGGUUUGGCGCUACAUGGUAGAGGAAAGUAUUCUCUUCAGGUUUUUGAUGAAAUGGUGGAUUCUGGGAUGAUCCCAAAUGACGUUACUUUUCUGUCAGUCUUAUCUGCUUGCUCCCAUUCAGGAUUGGUUACUGAGGGAGAGAGAUUAUUCAAGAUAUUUGUAAAUAACUACAAUUUGAAGCCCAAGAUUGAGCAUUAUGGAUGUAUGGUGGAUAUUCUUUGUCGAGCAGGGCGGUUAAAAGAAGCCAUAGAGUUGAUUGAGGGAAUGCCCAUGAAACCAGAUGCUGUUAUCUGGAGAUCACUUCUUAGUUCUUCUUUGGUACAUAGGGAUUCAGAUUUAGCUGAAUUGGCAGGAAAGAAAGUACUUGAAUUAGAACCUAAUGAUGAUGCUGUGUAUGUACUCCUAUGUAGUGCAUUUCGUUCAGUGAAUAGGUGGGAAGAUGUUUUAAGGACAGUGAAGACGAUGAGAGAUCAAAGAAUCAAGAAAACACCUGGGUGUAGUUGGAUUGAAGUGAAUGGCAUUGUUCAUGAAUUCGUUGCUGAAGCCUCCCCACUCCAUAUCAGUGAUGAUGUACUGAUGGUUCUGAAUGGAGCGAUUAAUCACUCAAAAUUGGAUACUAAUCUCAUUUUAAUUGGACGAACAUGAGGUCACGGAGAUUGAUGAGGUUCAUCAUGGAUUAUGGCAUCAAAAUAGCCAAAAUCAAGCAAUCUAAUUAACGAAGCAAAUAUGGUUAGCUAACAGCUGAAGAAAAAAGUGAGAACACCCACAACCUGAUUGGUGGUCAGCCAUGAUUGUUGAACACGAGAUUUACAGGUGCAACUGUGCAAGGCAUAUGAUUGAGCUUAUUUAACGAUUAGCUUCAAUACAGUUUGUCGACGUUAUACAAUUAUAGUUACUUCUUCUACCUAUUGGCGUAUUUGUGCAUUAAUAAUUGAUGCAUAACUUGUAACACAUUCUAUGGAAUGGUUUGAACUUUGAAUUGAAACCCUCAGCUUCCAUCAACCUCACAAGUGAAACAACGGGAAAAUAUUAGCAAUUCUUGGGUAUGAAAAUAAUCCAAGAUUGGAAAAAUUCCAUAGAACCGGGUUUUUCACCAUAUUUUCUCAAAGCUUGGCUACUAGGUUGUGGCAAAUGGACUUCUUCCAUUGUGAUUGAGUACUUGAUCAUAGGAGUGCAACAAAAUGCAAAAUUAGGAGUAUGGAAUUGCAAGUGGAUUCAACCGCAAGGGUCUGGGUAAUUGUUUAAAGUAAGUUUUUAUGACCCGAAACUGUUUUUAAACACGCUGCAUAAUCUUACAUUUCUGAUGUACCCUACACGUCACACUUCUACGUACGCUUAAGACACAUGAAGUGGGAAGUUGCACAUCAGUUGUCUUCAGGGAUUUAAAACAGUAGGAGAUAUUUUCUUUUCAAGAUAAAAAAUUGAUCGGAUUAUGCCACUUUGCCAAAAGGAUUUUGACAAAUGCAAUGAAGCAAGUGUAGGUUGCAGUGGAUGAUUGGCUAAAAAAGUUGAGUGAUCUAAACAGUCCAAUAAUAGAACAGCAUGCGGCAUUAUGCCAACCUUUCUGUCAAUCUAGUUAGCAUUGUAUCAUGAUUGAAAUUAAUCACAGAAUUCCUUCUGACAACUAGGUGACAAGAUUGUAUUUUGGCACUUUGCACUGCCCUCGCGAGAUAGACAGACAUGGAGGGACCAUUUCUAUUCAAUCAAUCAAUGUUGGGUGGGUGGGUGAGUGGGUAGGCGGAUGGAUGUGUCUUGCACUUAGCAAUACACUACAUAAGUGAUGAGGUCCACCUGAGGAUAAUGUUAGGCAAGCCCCCAUCUAUCUAUGUUUUGACUUUAACUCUUUCUAUUUUCAAUUCAUAGCUCAAUAGUAUUUGUGACUACAUACUGAAGUAGUAUAAAUAUGUAUGUGUGCCUCUAUAUAUUAUUCAAUUCGAGAGUCUCCUCCAUUGAUACUAUGACUUUGUUGCAUUAACAUGGAGAAGAAGAAGGCUCUUCUUUGGCUGUUCCUAUUCUUCUCAGCUUUCUUAUUUCGUCUCUCGUUGUCAUCUUCAACAGGAAGCCUCAGUUCAAUCACUGAUCAGGCUCAAUAUUCGUCCAGCCGAGAUUUACACGACAAUUUUCAGGUUGCAUUGGGGAAUAGAGAGGAUAAAGAAUUAUUUAGAGAAGGAAGAAUGGCUAUUGAAACCAGAGACUAUUCAGGCACUGGUGCCAAUAAUCGCCAUGAUCCAAGGCCUCCUGGAAGCUCUUGAUUCAUGAAUAACGCUAUUUAUUAUAUAUUUGUACAAAUAAAAAUGUGGAAGGAUUAAUGGAAUAAUGCCUCUAGUUUUUCAGUUGCACUAUUAAUUGGAAUAUUGGUGGAAUCCUAAAUAAUUAGGAUAUUGAAAUUUAUUUUAAUUACUAAAGUUUCUUUCAAAUUAAAAA